GAUAACGCUACCCCUGCGAGUCUGCUCGUCAACUUAUCUCUUCGAAUGGCUUCAGAUUCUGAUUCAAAUGACACAGUUGCUGUUUCCUUACCAAACAGAGAAGGAAACAUGAACACUAAGCCACCAGUAUGGCCUUUGGACGCUAGUGGAACACUUACUCCACCACUGCUGACGAGAUGUGAUAGAGACGGUCGUGAGGACGGUAUCUGCUGCAAGGACUUGAAAGACGAGGAUAACCGUACGCUCAUUGAUCCUGAUGUCGUUCGCGAUGUUGUUAUCGGACUUUCAGACGGCUUGACAGUCCCCUUCGCUUUGGCAGCAGGUCUUUCAUCUUUGGGCGCCUCAAGAUUAGUUGUCGCUGGCGGAAUAGCCGAACUCAUCGCUGGUGCUAUUUCUAUGGGCAUUGGUGGCUUCUUAGCAUCUUCGGCAGAGCGUGAUCAUUACCAUUUCAUGCGACGCCACACAUCGGCACGGGUGCAACGAAGCUGCAUCGGAGAAAUGGAAAGGGAAGUAUGCGCUGUACUUGUCCCUGUAGGCGUCGACGAGCAGACGUGCCAGGCGGUCACCAAGUGCCUCAGAGAUGCGGAAUUUGACCCAGAAGUCGAUGCAAACGGUUCAUCGUCAGACGAAGAAGCGCAGUUAUUGAGGUGGAAGGAUCAAGUCGGUCUAACACCGUUUUUACUCAAAUUUGGAGAGGGAAUGGAGGAAAUCUCGAAGCGUCGAGUAUACAUGUCGGCGCUGACAAUUGGCUUCGGGUACUUGGUUGGCGGAAUCAUUCCCCUUAUCCCAUACUUCUUUGUUUCGGAAGCGCAUGUGGCGCUCGUAUACUCUUCUAUUGUCACAGGCAUCGUCCUGUUGAUAUUUGGAGCUGUGAAAGCUCGUGUUACGGGUGCUGGGCAGGGUGCUGGAGGCUACAUAUGGGGAGCAGUCAGCACGCUAUUAGUUGGCGGUACCGCUGCAGCAGCAGCUUACGCUCUUGUUGCAUGGCUGGAAGAUUCAUAAUUUCGUAACCACUUAGAUACCUAGUAUGUACUCCAACUUGUCAUGUAAUUUAUUUUUACAAGCUCCGCCGCCGUAUACCGAGACUACUGAUUGGCAAAAUCUUCUGAAAUCAACAA